AACAGAGCAACUCACCGUAACUGCUGACAGUUCUGUUCUGUGCCGCCAAACCACGGUGUGUUUCCCCGGUUAUUACCGUCAACGGACAUGUCACGGAAAGCCAAAGAAGAAUAUUAUCGCUUCUUUACCGUUACCGACCCGCGUACACACGAGAAAGGACACACCGAGUACAAAGUGACAGCGAGGUUUGUGUCCAAGCGUCAUCCAGAAGAUGUGAAGGAGGUGGUGGUGUGGAGGAGGUUCUCAGAGCUGAAGAAGCUCCAUGGAGAGUUGGCCUACACACACAGGAACCUGUUCAGAAGACAGGAGGAGUUUCCGCCUUUUCCUCGCGCACAAGUUUUUGGGCGGUUUGAUGAGGCUGUGAUUGAGGAGAGGAGGAAUGCAGCAGAAACCAUGCUUCUGUUUACUACCAGCAUACCUGCACUCUACAACAGCCCACAGCUCAAGGACUUCUUCAGAGGCGGCGAGGUCACAAGACCUCUGGAUCCCUCCCCUCUCGCCUCCGCCGGGCCUCUGCCUCCCCCUCUCAUCCCUCUCCCUAAACGAAGGGCCUCAGACUGUGAGCCUGCAGAAGAAGAGGAAGGGAGGGAGGCUCCUACUUUACCUCAAGAUCUGGGCACCAACCUGAGCUUAGAAGUGGGAGAACCGGAGGUGGCAGCUGAGGCCUACAGCGAGAUCGGAGGAUCCCCGACAGAAGAGGAACGGGAGGAGCUUAGCGAUGCAGAACUAAAUGACCGAGUUCCAUCUCCUGAACCAUCCCCAGCCAGAAACCACCAACAAUCGACAGAGACCCAGGAAGAAUUUGAUUCACUGUUUGACUCCGUGGCUGAAGAACAAAUCCCAUCUCCGAAGGAAGACGUUCCUCCUCCACUGUCUGAUAAUGACUUGGCUGUCUUUGAUCCCUGCUAUAAACAAGAUAGAUCAGAUUCCGCCACGGAUCACUCAGAACUGUUCUCGCUGCCACCGGCCAGUCUGGACGGGAGAGACGCAGGCUACUUGAACCAAGCAGCCAACGAGCUAACAGCUGCCAUGGAGAGGGAGAAGGAGGGAGAAUUUAGUUCUGCCAUUCGUCGAUACAGGACGGCGGUGGAUAUUCUGAUCACUGGAGUUCAGGGAGACCCUGACCCGGCACGCAGGGAGUCCGUGAUGAGGAGGACGGCUCAGUAUCUGAAGCACACCGAGAUGUUGGUCGACAGGCACUCCUCGCCCACACACACUCUCACGCCCACACACACACAUGCACAGGACCCGUAGACCCGCACACACACACACACUGUACAUUAAUACACACAUGAAGACAGAUCAAAGACAAACGAGCUCAGGGUUGUGAUGUGCACACACGUGUCACACAUACUCACAAAAAAAUGCACAAUGAAGUAUGGCAAGAUCCAUCUGAGCCCCAACAUUCCCAAACAGAAGGUCGUCCAGGUGGGAAAUGCUACUGUUUAUGUCACACACACACACAUGUAGACACACACUCCUGAGGUACACACUACACUGCAGACUGGUCCUUUAGUUGCCUUUGUUUAGUGACAAAUGUGUGAUUUACAACAUCUAAAUAUAUGGAAAGUAACUGUACACCAACUGGAUUCAUGGAUAAACAAUCCAUCUCUCUACCUUGGUCUCUGUAUCUUGCUUUUAUAAUGUUCUCUUCUUGGAUACAGUAACGUGUAUGUAUAUCAGUGAUUUGCAUUUUGCACAAUGUUUUGUUAAUAAAUAUGAUUUUAAUUUAA